AAGCCUGAGUGACAGCGAACAUUCCGGAGCUCGGCAUACAGUCAUACCAUUUCCGAUGGUCCCCUAUUCCGUCUGGCUUGCACCCGCAUCAUUUAUGACGGCGUGCACAUGGCAAAUUCUAAGCCGAGCAUAUCACUCGUGUUAGCCCCCCAUACACUCGAUAGACUAAUUUAAGUGGAGAUAUUCUGUUUCGAUAAACACGCCAAUACAUUCCUUCCACAGCACCACCAGGAAGUAGCAGAUCUCCGCGACUUUGCCAGUUUUCUAGCCGUCACAACCGAAUUGUAGCAUGUUGAAAUUCAAGAACAAGUUCAAGUUUGGAUCAUCCAACACCAAUGGUGACAAAUCCACCUCUCCCGAGUUGUCCACAGUGUCGUCGUCUCCAAGGAAUUCGGUGGAUUCCAAAAGGACGAUAUCGACCAACAAUUUAUCCGAUACCAUGCUGAAGCUUUCCAUCAACGGGGCGAGCCAACAGGGCGCUCUCCCGGAAGAAGCCUCAUCCUCGUCAUCGUCUACAGCAUCUGCAUCGCCCAAGAAAUCGGAUUACAACCAGCAAGCUACUACUCAAUCAUCACACAAGGAUCAUCCCACGCUGGUUUCGCAGCCGCAUUCCUCAACUGCCCACGAGGUCGAGCAACCAAACACUACGGCCAGUCACAAUCCAGGUCUCUUGACCGUCAAAAUCUACAACUCGAACAAGAUCCAAUUGCCUAUCCAAAUCGACAAUAACAAACAGAUAUUGCAUGCAUUGGCAGUAAAUUCAAACAAUGAGUCGACGACACAAUAUCUCCUCAAAAACUUGGGUGCUUUGGAAUCAAACGAAAGCAAAGGCACCGAUGACCAAAGUGGAAGCUCAGACCACCUUUUGCCCGGAAAGCUUGCCACCAGUCUCUUGCCAUCGAUCAUUACCAUACCUAAUGCUGAGAAUUUGGUAAAAUCACUUCUCUAUUUGACCAUCGAAUUUGAUAACAAUGUGCUAGUCAUCGAGCCUCAAAAGGGUACAGUUAACCAAUCGACAUGGAAUCAAGUUGUUUCAUUUGAUGUCACCAAAAAGUCCAACACAAACCAAAAUAUCGGAUCUAAUUUUUUGAUUUUAAACCUUUUCAUCCGGUUACCAAGCAUGUUGAUCCCAGAGUCAGAGAAACUGUCCAAGAAGCAUUUGUUCACUAAUAAUACCUCACCAAAUGCAAAUCCCAACAAUAUUGGGGAUUUGUUAAUUGGUACCAUCAAGUUGCCAUUGAGUUUGAAGUACCACGUUAAGCCAAUCAGAUUGAUGAAUCAUGAAUAUCUCAAGUUUACAAACUAUAACCUCAAUGCUAGUGACUUAGUAUCGAAGGAGUUGGGUGAAAUAAUGUUGACCAUUGAAUUCAAACCAAUCAGCAAAGCUCCCCUUUCUAUUGAUGACUUUGAUCUCUUGAAGGUCAUUGGUAAAGGUUCUUUUGGUAAGGUCAUGCAAGUGGUAAAGAAGGAUACAAAACAAAUCUAUGCUUUGAAAACCUUGCGGAAACAGCAUAUUGUUUCAAGAAAUGAAGUGACCCACACAUUGGCAGAACGUACAGUUUUGGCAAGAAUCAACAAUCCAUUUAUCGUUCCAUUGAAAUUCUCUUUCCAAAGCCCAGAAAAAUUGUAUUUGGUUUUAUCAUUUAUCAAUGGUGGGGAGCUCUUUUGGCACUUACAAAGAGAAGGAAAAUUCUCAAUGGAUAGGUCCAGGUUUUAUAUUGCUGAAUUGUUGACUGCAUUGGAAAGUUUACAUGAGUUGAAUGUGAUUUACAGGGAUUUAAAGCCUGAAAACAUUUUACUUGACUAUCAAGGUCAUAUUGCAUUAUGUGAUUUUGGUUUAUGUAAAUUGAAUAUGAGCAGCAAUGACAGAACUAGUACUUUCUGUGGAACCCCCGAAUACUUGGCACCUGAGUUGAUCUUAAACCAGGGUUAUACUAGAAGUGUUGAUUGGUGGACCUUAGGUACAUUGUUGUAUGAAAUGUUAACGGGGUUGCCACCUUUCUUCGAUGAAGAUACACCUACUAUGUACAGAAAGAUUUUGCAGAAUCCACUUAGAUUUCCAUCAUUCUUGGAGUCUACUGAUGCCCAAGAUUUGUUGAUAAAAUUAUUACAAAAGGAUCCUAAACAUAGAUUGAAUGAUGCUACCGAAAUAAAGAGCCAUCCAUUCUUCAAAGAUAUUGAUUGGGUUAAGUUGAUUAACAAGAGUUAUCUUCCUCCAUUCAAACCAAACGUCGAGAACUUGUUGGAUACCUCCAACUUUGACUCUGAUUUUACCAAUGAGAAACCUCAGGAUUCUGUUGUUGAUGACUUUUUAAGUGAAAGUGUUCAACAGCAAUUCGGUGGUUGGACAUACAAUGGUGAUACAGUGUUUAAAUAGUUCAAAUAGACUAGUUGCUUAAAAUCUAAUUCCCAUGCGC